AAAGUAAACUGAUCGAUUCGAUAUCUUGUGUUUUUUUCCAUUUUGUAUUUUUUAUUUUAUUUUAUUUUGAUUUUCUUUGAAUAUUAUAUUAUUUAUUUUACCGUUGUUUAACAUAAAGUGUUUCCUUAAUAUUUUUUUUCUUGAGUAAAUUUUCAAACAAAAUGAGUUUGGUAUCUACUAUAGAACCAUACCGUAAAGGUACCUCUUUCGGGGAUUGGGCCGAUCGGUUGGCAUUCACAUUUGAAGCCAAUGAGGUGGCUGAUGCAAAGCAAAAGUCACAUUUCAUGAAUUUGUGUGGACCUUUUGUGUAUGCACAAUUAAAAAUGAUUUUUACUAAAGAUGUUCUUAUGGCAGCUACUUAUGGUGAUAUUAUAAAUAAACUGAAACAAAAAUUGGAUAAAACGGAGCCGGAUUUGGUUCAAAGAUUUCGUUUCAGUCAUCGCGUUCAGCAACCGGAUGAAUCGGCCGAGGACUUCGUACAGGCAGUGAAACUGCAGGCGGAGUUCUGCGGUUUCGGAGAAUUUAAAAAAUUUACGAUUCAAGAUCGUGUUCUUGCUGGAUUACGAGAUGAGAAUUUGAAACAACUUUUACUGAAUGAGGAGAAGUUGACUCUCGAGUCAAUGGACCGAUUUAUUACGACUUGGUGUAUGGCUAAAGAUAAUGCCCACACUUUGAAGGUAAAUAGUUUCUUUCCGGAUUACGGAACCGUCUCCAAUCAUAGUCCAUAUGGACCACCGGAAAACAUAAACUUUAUUAAGAGACCGGUUCAUGAGCGUUUGGGUGACAAGGGUUAUAAAUACCAUCAAGAUUGGAAAACACAACAUAUUAACAAACCCAGCACUAGUAAGCAGUACACAAAUACGAAACAGACAUACAGAUACAAUAACAGAAAUGAUUACAAUAAUAGGAAUACUAACAACAGAUACAAUAAUCACUACAAUAACAGACAUAAUCAAUACAAUAACGAUCAUUUGGACAAAAAAUUUAAACGAAAUUAUACAGAGAUGAUAUGUGACUAUUGUGGAAUUAAGGGACAUUUAAAAAGGAAAUGUUUUAAGUUAAAAAACAUGAAAAGAGAGGCAGUAAAGUUUAUAGAUUCGACUAAACCGGGAUCCAAAGCAGAGAAGGAACUCACCUCACUGAUGGGUAAAAUGACGUCUACAGAUAACAAAAUGGACACGGACAGUGAAGACGAAUACAACGAAUGGAAUCCAGAUCCAGUAUGGAAACGCGUUAAUAAUUAGAUUUUUUAUCGUGACGUCACAAAUGAACAAGAAUUCAUCUUUGACAGUUCAGCGGUACUGUUUACAAACAAAUUUAAACAAAAUCGAGGAACACAUCUCAAACAAUCAUCUUUACACUUCACAACUAGCUAGUUUUAUUUAAUAAAUCUCUGAAACGAAUCGUUAACAAUGUUUUGGAACUAUAUUUAGGCGAUAUGGACCGUGAAUGUUCUCAUCCGUUUGUCAACAGACAAACAAACAAAAAAGUCUGUUUACAAACAGUACCGCUGAAUUGUCAAAAUGUGUUCAUCCGAUUGAGGUUAGCAGUGACGGUAAAAAACCUAAUGGCGCACAGGGAUCAAAUCCGGCGCAACACUAAUCAAUUUUGGGAAAUAAGGCCAAAUGUAAUGUUGGCACCAGACGCGCGAGACAUACAAGAGGAUGUUUUGGAGGAACAAGAAGUUUUGGUGGGAGCUGGAAGCGGCUCGGAGGAGGAGUUGCUCAGGGGAUUCCCAGAGCAAAAUCCGGCGAAGGUUGGAAGAAAAAGGAAGGCUUCAACGGCGAACUUGCCGGGAGGCUGUCUUAGACGUUCGAAACGUCCUCGGAAAAAGAAAGAUGAUCCAGUUUAUUCAUACAAUUGAUUAUAUUUAAAAAAAAAUGAAUUUAACACAAUUAUUUAAUAAUUGAAUAAUAAUUUGAAUUCAGGAUAUAACAAUCCAAUCUGAAAAGAAAAAUAUUAGAAUUAAAAUAUCUUUCGAAGUAACGAUAAAAUGAAUUAAAAUGUAAAUAUGUAUAUAUAGAUUAGUAAUAUAACUUCUAAAAAGGGAAGAACUGAUAUGUACACACCAAUACAAUAAUUAUACAUGGUCGAUAUGUUAAACGAUCGACAGUGCUGCCAAUCGCUGAAACUAGAGAAUAAUGUAAAGCAAAUGAAAAAGAAUAUACUACUUCUUUCUGGAUAUUCGUAGAGAA